GAAGGCUGCGGGAAGCGUUCGUUGUCGAGGUCGGAAUAGGGCGAAGAAACGUGCGUGAGACGCUGUAGCGUCUCCUGUAGACGCUAGAGCUGCGAAUCUCACGUCCGCACCCGGGGGUAGCUGGCCGUUCUCCCCUACCGAGCGAGACCGCAUGUCCGGACGCCAGCGGCAACCCGAGUAGAAUUCAGUGCUGAAUUCGCCCGUCACAAGAGGACUGCAAGAUCCUGGCAACGUGGAACACCGCGGAAAGUGGGACAAGGGAAGGGCUGAAUCAAGUGAAAGGGGCCUACAGCCGGAUUCGAAGAUGGAGCACGCAGCUACCUCUGGCCUCCUCUUGGCCGACAUGAGCCCCUUCGCUGUUACUUUCUCCGAAGCUACCACCAAUUGCUACUUACCGCUCUGUUCAAUGACCCAAGAAUGCACAUGCGUAAUUUUCAAUUAUUUGUCCACGAUUAACCGACUGCUAUUUACUGUCAAACUGGAACUGCGGGAAAUGACAGGAAGAUUUGGCCAGCUGUACCUUAUGGGCUUGGAAGAAGAGGGGAUGUACUCUUCAGUCUGUCCAGACAUGGAAUUGCGUCAAGCUGCUCAGCUUAUGCGCUGGCUGCUCAAGAGCCACGCUUGCAUACAACAUAUAUUCAUUCAUCCUUUCGUUUGGCAUUCGCAUGGGGCGCUUUUGUGCGAUGGCCUGAACCGCAACCCGUCUAUUAAGACUAUGAAGGUCGGCAUCUUCGAGUUCACGAGCACGGACCUCCACGCGGUCAUAGGCUCCCUCAGAAACCUGGAAGAAUUCGAAUGCGUCACCUACAUAAGGACCUGCCGACACUUUGCGCCGACAGUUGUGACACUUUUACGGCUGAGCACUUUGAGAACCCUAAAUGUAUCCAAAGCCUGUCUGAAUGACAGCAGAGCCAGGUUAUUUGUUGAUGCCCUAAAAGAGAAUGCAACUCUGCGACAGCUGGGGAUACACAGUUCCGUCAUAUAUCACGCUGGCCAGGGAAACUUCUCAGAAUAUCUCAUGACUACCAAGUCACUUAUGACACUAAGUGUUGAAUCAGGUCACCGAAAUAGGCGGAAGUGUUUCAGGUGGAUGGCGGCUGGCCUUAUCGUAAACAAUACCAUUCAGAACCUCAGCUUUUACGGCAUUGCGCUGGAUGCCGGCACCGCCCAGCUAGUAGCGAGGAUGCUCACAGAAAACAAGGUAAUACGCAACUUUACCAUCGUGUGCGAUCACGCAGAACUAGUAGUUCCUCCCGGUACUGAUUUAGCCUGUUUGCACACUGCGCUCACUAAGAACGACACAUUGGAAAGACUCGAGCUUCCUUUCUCAUUCCUGGAGCCGGCACAGUGGGUCCAGUUCUUCUGGACUGUGUCGAGUAAGCAAUUCUUCCAAAGGCUGACCGUACACAUGCCUAACUAUUGCUAUACGUACAGGUAUUUGCCAAGAUUCUGCAAAGCGCUUAAGGAAAGUGGCGCUGAAACAAAAGUCUCUCUCGGCACUCUAGAAAAUGUCUUCGACUUGGAGUUACUCGAAUCCAAGUCAUUUUCAGAUGUCAACUUCAGUUGUCCCGAUGGUAGUCAAGGGCAACAGUUAGCCUUGCUGCAGCUUUCCCUCCCAAUGAAGAGCCUAGGUUUGUACGUCAACUCAAGUGACGCUGAGCUGUGCUCGGCCAUCGCAAAAUACAUUAGGAAAGUAUCACUUCUUGAAACUCUGCGGCUCAGAUGUUCUUUCAAUGACCCUGACUUCAUGGACACCACACGCAGAGCGUGGAGAGAAAUUUUCGAGUCGCUCGCUGCAAGCACGAGCCUAAAAAAGCUGCGAUUAGACUUCGUACAUGGCAUGUGGGUCCGAAACCCUGUGUACGAGCGGGAAGUGGAGCUGCUGGCUGACGUCAUCAACGCGAGUCAGAGCAUACGAAGAGUGUCCUUCAACUCCCACGUUACGAUGAUCAACAGGGGCUUUUUUCGGCGCCUCUGUUUUGGCAUCGCAGAGAACUACAUUCUGGUGAGCAUAGACACGUGGCCGUACCUAGAUAAGAGAGUGACUCAAGAAUCCUUCGCCGUCUGGGACACAGUGCGUCGAAACGCCAGCUUUGUGACACUCGCUGCAGAUUUCACAGACGGCAGGACACUGGACAGACGCUGCGUUCGAGCCUUGGAGCGAGUGCUGCGCCAUCCUCCCCUCCUUGAGGAGCUCGCCGAACAAGAGUCCCUGAACGUGGCCGAGGCCUCUGCGAUGGUUCGACGAAAGUUCAGCAGAGCCGAAGGCCUGCACGACUUCAUGCGGCUCGCCGGUGUCGUCAAAGAGCGUGUGGAGUGCAACUCGCGUGCAGGCGGACGACUUCAACUGGACGAUCUGGAUGAAUACUGCUGGAGGAAGGUGCGGAGCUACCUCAUGAUAGACGACAUCAAGGACCCUGGAGCGACCACGCCGGUAUAUCGCUAGUGACGGCGGCCAGUUUGGAACAUCGCCAACACGUGACACAGGUUAUUGAGCGGAACUGCUCUACUACAACACAGCUCUAUUUUACAGCGGCCUCGUUGUCUGAGUACUUGAACA